CACCAGUCACGUUUCCAGCCUCAAGCGUGACAGCAGUAGGGCUUUCAACCUCCAACAGCUGGUUCCCGCACUACGCACGUCAUCAUGCCACAGCCACCGCUCCUGGUCGGCAUCUCAGGCCCUUCAUCUUCUGGAAAGACGACCCUCUCUCGCCUCCUGCGCGACAUCUUCCCACAGAAGCAGCUGUCGAUUGUGCACCUGGACGACUUCUACCUCACAGACGCCGAAAUCCCCGUCAGAAACCAAGUGCAGGAUUGGGAUUGCCUCGAGUCUCUAGACCUCAGCGGCUUGAGAGACGCACUACUGCACAUCAAGCAGCACGGCAAAAGCCCGGACUGGCUGGUCAGCAAAGAGGAUCAAAACAGCGUCGGUGAACAUGGCGUCUCUGAGCGUGUCGUGGGCGAGCUGAGGAGAGGGGUCGAGGCGUUGCUGAAGGAUCAUCCAGAGUGGCAGAAUCGGCGCAUCUGCAUAAUCGAUGGCUUCUUGUUAUUCAGCGAGGAGAUGAAACACAUCCGCGAACUGUUCGACGUUCGCAUGUUCCUGCGUACAAGCUACGAGAUAGCAAAGAAGAGAAGGGAAGCCCGCAGCGGGUACGUAACGUUAGAAGGGUUCUGGGAGGAUCCGCCAGGCUAUGUUGACCAGAUCGUAUGGCCAAAUUAUGUCAAAGAUCACAAAUUCCUGUUCGAAGACGGGGACGUGGACGGAGAGUUGGACGACGAUGUGCUCGAGAAGACAGGUAUAUGGGGAAUGCCACGGGAGGCCGAAGGGGAUAUGGAAGUGUGUCUACGAUGGGCAGUGGAUGUGCUGGGAGAUGUGAUCAGAGGUUCAUGACGCUGGGAGAACGAGAGAGGAACAUAGAAGACGAAGUAUGCAUUGCGCCGGACGCCGUGAGUUGGCAGUCGCGUGUCGAGUACCAAAUGUCCGCGAGCGCCCUAUCCAACACGCUGAAGUGAUGAUACAGAUACAGUGGAACACAUGUAGGGAGACCCGGGCCUAGGUGCUGCUCUUGACCUUGUCAAUGUAGGCUUGUCCCGGGCUCUCGUACACAGAUGAGAAGAAGGCAUUGACUUGGGGCUCCUUCGACAGCCAUGUCGUCAUGCCGCUAAGUUCUUCGCGAAGACGGUUGAUGGCUUGGACGUCCAUGUUGGUCUGAGCGAUAAGUUCUGGCAUAGAGACAAAAAGGCGCAGAAGGUGCUCGCCACCGUAGAUCUCC